AUGCGAACACUGCGAACACGUUUGUGGCCGGCCCCGGCUGGCCAGCUAGGACAAGCAGAUGAGGAAGACCAGAAGAAGGUGGAGGAGUCUUUCAUCAGUAAACCUACGGAUUACGACUGUGUCAUCCGGAUGAUGUCGCUGGCGGAGUUUGCCAAGGAGAAACGCAUUUGGCUCCUGCGCUCUGUUUCGUCCGACUUCAAUCCGGAAGAUUGUCAGGAUGUUCGCAUCGUCGCGGUGGUUGGGCUGUUCAACAAGGGCAAGACCUUCCUGUUGAACAAGCUCUUCGGGCUGAACCUGCCAUCUGGCAAGACUCAGGUGACACAAGGCUUGUCGUGCGUCUACCUGAAAGAGCGACGCAUGCUGCUCAUCGACUCUCCUGGGGUGCAGUCGACUGUGUCGUACAAGUCGGACAGCAUCGACAGGGUUGUGGAUGCCCAGAGCACGGAGGCCUUUCUGUUCGAGCUGGUUUCUCAACUUUCUGACCACAUCAUGUUUGUUGUGAACGACUUCACGUCGUUUGAGCAGAAGUACGUCCAGAUGUUUGAGCAGAAGGAGCAGUUCAGUCACAAGGCUGCGCGGGAGCUGAUCGUGGUGCACAACUUGGCAUCCACGCAGGAUCCACAGGAGGCGGAGGGGCUGUUCCACAAGCAAAUCACCUCAAGGUAUGACGGUGUGGAAAGCCAUCUGGGCAAGCUGUUCUACACAGCCAGGCGCAACCCGCCCGUCCACCACUUUGCGAUUUGCAAGGAAGGCAGUGCAGCUGGAGAUACCUUCAACCACAGCAACAUCCGCCUGCUGUUGGAGCACUUGGAACACGCCAAGAAGCUGCCUGAGAAGGUGGUGCUGAAGGAACUCGUCCGCAGCAAGGUGGACGACUUGCUGCCCCGCUUCCUGCUCAUGGGGUGCGACGACACGGGUGGACGCAACCUGGAGUACCACCAGUACCAUGAGCAAGAGGCAAGAGCUGAAGAGCACUUUGAGGACUUCCCGUCCCAUCGCAAGAUCGGCUACUUCCACGCGACCUGCGACAAGCUGGACGUCAAGACCGAGGGUGUGAUCUCGGACCUCGGCGAAGUGAUCUCGUACGACAAGUCGUUCAGCCCGGAGCCCAUGAUCUUCGACCAGAAGACUUCGGAAUACCUUACCCGCACCAUCCUCUUCGAAUGCCCUGGUGUGCGGCCUGAGGGUGUACGCUGGGAUCAGCAGGGGGAGGGCCUGACCAUCCGCAUUGAGAAGUCCAAGCUGAUCGACGAGGGCUCUGUCACUGCGGUGUCCAGCCUGCGGCAGCAGUCUGGGGUCUACGAGAAGAACUUCCGCUUCAUGGAUGGGCCGUUUGAGGUGUCCGAAGACCAGUGCGCCUUGGAGUUUGGAGUGCUGACAAUCAAGCUCAAGAAGUGCCUUAUCAACAAGCGCGGGGGUUUGCAGAGCAUCCAGGAGUCCAGGGUAGAGGCCGUCAGCUACAUGCCAACGUCCUCCUUGCCGUCUGAGGCCGUAGGCCUUUGCCGCGCCCACACGGUUUCUGACGCUCAUCCCUGCGUGAGAACUUCUGGCGGGAAUGCCAGCGAGGGCUUCUUCAAGGUGUCCAGCAACAGAGGCUACUGCCUGACUCAGGACUCCGUGAUCCUGACCCUGGCAGGCCCUAGACAGGCAGCUGAGAUGGUAUCUGCCGGCCAGGGUGCAGUGGUGUUUGUAGCGCUGGGCGGCUUUGGGGGUUGCAAGGGUCAAGACAUGCCCCGCCCGUCUUUGCGUGUGAGCGAUGGCGCGGCUUUGGUGUCUGCAUGCCGAAUUCAGGGGGUACACACGGAGCUGGUUGCGCUUAAAUGGCUGGGUGGUGAGUUUCAUGUCACGGCCGACCAUCCACUACUGGUGAAAGCAGUGGGUCAGUCUGACUGGGGGUUGAAGGAAGCAGGCUCCGUGCGCCCUCGCAAAGAUGAGCUGCUGGUUGUGCCUGGGCCGCUGGCAGACGCAGCGCUGGCUGGUGCUGGUUUGCACUCUGUCGUGAUCACUGAUGUUGCCAGGUAUACCUCAGAGCAAGAAGUAGUUGAGGUCGAAAUGGGGUGUCCUGGGGACACGCUUCUGGUAUCCAGCACAUCUGCAAAGGGGCCGUUUGUUACAUUGUUUGGCAAGCAGCCUGACAGCUCUUGCUUUGACAACAUUCUGGUCAUGGAGCUGUCUCGACUGCCAGCUGCUCUUCUGGAUGCUAUCCGCACAAGUGACCAUCUGAACAACUGUCAAUCUCUUGCUGGUGAGCGGCAGUUGGAGAGUGGCGCAGGCUUGUUCCUGGUGAAGGCUCACCUGUGCAGGGUGAAGAGUCUCCAGAGCCACGGACGGCUGAGCUGGUUGAAGGGCCGGCACCUCAUCCUCAGCGCGGGCUACAAAAAGGAGAUCGAGCGCCUGGUACGGGGACUCCCUCGCAAGCAUAACCUCAAGGUGAACUGGUGCAAGAGGCUGGUGGAGGCAUGUCAACUCUUCCACCCGGAGGACAUUCCCGGGGAGCGGGUGGUGGAGCGGCGGACCUUUGUGGCGGUAGAGGUGGCCAGCGACGCGGCACCCACCACGGUGUCCACCACGGACGCCCGGAGCGCCACGCAGCGCCGGAACCCGAGGUGAGCCGAGCUCUGCAUUUUGUCGUCUCGUAGGUGUAGCGGAUAUGCUGGGGUCAGUAAAGGGAAUAUGAAAAGAAACCGGCUCCGGGCUGACCCGCCUCCUUUUGGCCGAAAGGCCGCAAUUGGGAAGCCGAGAUCGAAGGUAGCCUUCCAAAGGAAUGGAAGGAGCCUUGCUUUGUGGAUCCUCAAAUAGCAUGUCCCAACGGCAGAACCAAUGCAUUGGAAGGUGGCCAGAGCCGCCACUGAGCUGCCACUUCAGCGUGCACUCAUCGAUUGCCAUUUUAGGCCGCACACACCACACAGAAAUUAUUCUGGGAAAGGAACGAACAAGAGCUUCAGCGUCGCACGACCUUCUUUUUGCGGCUCCUUUGCAAGGACCGUCGAAAGCGGUCCUCCUUUGCGGGCCGUGCAGAAAGGAAAUGAAACCUAUCCUGCAUGCAGGCACGCUGAAGUGCGCCUGUGAUUCGGCCUCUGCUAAUCUCGCCAAGGAUCCCUCUGCAGUGCUGCUUGGGCUCCGUUGGCAGGGGAGGCAGAUUUGGUUCGCAAACAAUGCAGCCUUCCCGCGCAACACCUGGCUUGGGCUGGUGUGGACACCA